GAUACCACAAGAUCAAUCUUCAAUUACUCCUGCGCCGCGUUCUCUCUCUCUCUCUCUCUCUCUCUCUCUCUAAAGAAAAAAAAGAAAAAACUCUCGAUCGAUUUCCUCCACACCGAGUUCCGUUAAUUCCCAUAUUCAAUAUUUCUGCUUUCGCAUCUCUCAGAGGCUUGAGAUGGGUAAGAAGAAGUCAGACGAGAGUGCCCCUCCCACGAAGGGGAAGCCAAGUGGGAAAGAUUCAUCUAAAGAACCCAAAAAGGAGAAGCUUUCAGUCUCUGCGAUGCUUGCAAGCAUGGAUCAGAAAGAGGAUAAACCCAAGAAAGGUUCUUCUUCAUCAUCCAGAGCCAGGCCUGCUCCUAAGAAGGAUUCUCCCUACGGUGACAUGGACCUUCCUUCUUCUGACGAUGAAGACGAAGGAGAUUCUGAUGAGGAGCAGAGACAGGCGGAAGCGAGGAGGAAGCUGAAGAGCGAACAGAGGCAUCUCGAUAUCUCCGUGACUGAUAAGGAGCAGAAGAAGCGAGAGAUGAAAGAGAGAGCGGCUCUUCAGGCUAUAGAGCUUGCGAAGAGGGAGGCUUUGAGGGAUGACCAUGAUGCCUUCACUGUUGUUAUUGGAAGCAAGACGUCUGUGCUUGAAGGGGAAGACACGGCUGAUGCGAAUGUCAAGGAUAUCACGAUUGAGUCUUUUUCAGUCUCUGCUAGGGGUAAGGAGCUUUUGAAGAAUGCUUCUGUUAAGAUAUCGCAUGGGAAGAGGUAUGGACUGGUUGGGCCUAAUGGAAUGGGGAAGUCUACUUUGUUGAAGCUUUUAGCGUGGAGGAAGAUUCCAGUUCCGAAGAAUAUCGAUGUUCUUCUCGUUGAGCAAGAGGUGGUUGGUGAUGACAAGAGCGCUUUGCUAGCAGUUGUUUCCGCCAAUGAGGAGUUGGUUAAGCUACGGGAAGAAGCUGCAGCUCUUCAGAAUUCGUCUUGUGAAGGUGACGAUGAAGAUGAUUCUGGAGAAAAGCUUGCUGAGUUGUAUGAGAGGCUACAGAUCUUAGGGUCAGAUGCGGCUGAAUCACAGGCGUCUAAGAUUCUCGCUGGGUUGGGUUUCACAAAAGACAUGCAAGUGCGUCCGACCAAGUCAUUCAGUGGUGGGUGGAGGAUGAGAAUAUCGUUAGCUAGAGCUCUCUUUGUGCAGCCUACUCUUCUGUUGUUAGAUGAACCUACAAACCAUCUUGACCUGAGAGCUGUUCUCUGGUUAGAGGAGUAUCUGUGUCGCUGGAAGAAGACGUUGGUUGUUGUUUCCCACGACCGGGACUUCCUCAACACUGUCUGCACGGAUAUCAUACACUUGCAUGACCAGAAUCUCCACUUCUACCGUGGUAACUUCGAUGGUUUCGAAACCGGAUACGAGCAGAGACGCAAGGAGAUGAACAAGAAGUUUGAGAUUUACGAUAAACAGGUGAAAGCAGCUAAGAGAUCUGGAAACCGUGCUCAACAGGAGAAGGUCAAGGACAAGGCCAAGUUUACCGCAGCGAAAGAAGCAUCCAAGAGCAAGGGAAAAGGUAAGGCGGUGGAUGAGGAUGGUCCAGCACCUGAAGCUCCGAGAAAGUGGAGAGAUUAUAGCGUUGAGUUUCAUUUUCCAGAACCCACCGAGCUCACUCCUCCUCUUCUGCAGUUGAUUGAGGUUAGCUUCUGCUACCCGAAUAGACCAGACUUCAGGCUCUCGGAUGUUGAUGUUGGUAUCGAUAUGGGUACAAGGGUUGCUAUAGUUGGGCCUAAUGGAGCUGGAAAGUCCACUCUUUUGAACCUUCUCGCUGGAGAUUUAGUUCCGAGCGAAGGUGAAGUGAGGAGAAGCCAGAAGCUGAGGAUUGGGAGAUAUUCUCAGCACUUUGUUGACCUGUUAACAAUGGGGGAAACACCGGUUCAGUAUCUUCUCCGCCUUCAUCCUGACCAAGAGGGAUUCAGCAAACAAGAAGCGGUGCGUGCUAAGCUAGGAAAGUUUGGGCUACCAAGUCACAACCACUUGACUCCGAUUGCGAAACUGUCUGGUGGACAAAAAGCUAGAGUUGUGUUCACUUCGAUCUCCAUGUCGAAGCCACACAUUUUGCUUCUCGACGAGCCUACGAAUCACUUAGACAUGCAGAGCAUAGAUGCGUUGGCUGAUGCGCUAGAGGAGUUCAGUGGAGGAGUUGUGCUGGUGAGUCACGACUCUAGACUCAUAUCACGUGUCUGUGAGGAUGAUGAGAAGAGUCAGAUUUGGGUUGUGGAAGACGGAACUGUGUCUUUCUUCGAUGGCACGUUUGAAGAGUACAAGGAAGAUCUCCAAAGAGAGAUCAGAGCAGAGGUUGAUGAGUGAUGAUGGUCUUGUUUGUGUUGUUUGCUUCUAAAGGUAAAACUGAAAAGCUCCUUUUAUAUUCAUAGACUUGGAAAGUUUUGGACUACAGUUUAUUUUUAGACAUUGUGUGUGUUUUUCUAUCAUAUAUACGCUAAUGGCAUGCAACCAUAUACGUUUUCCCCAUGUUACAUAGCCGAGUGUAGUAUUAUGUUUUUUGGGGGAAGCAAGGAGAAGAUGUCUUUCGUUUUUAA